AUGUCUCUCGAGAAGCCUGUCAUCAUUGGCAUCUAUGGGCUACCUGGAGCCGGCAAAUCAUAUCUCAUGAGGCAGCUCAAGGAGAAGCUCAGUGAGACCGACUUCCUCUUCUUUGAAGGUUCGGAAGUGAUUGCAACUUUAACCCCGGGAGGUCUCGAUGCCUUCAAGCGACUCAGUCAGGAGGACCAGACCAAGUAUCGACAUGCUGCGGGAAUCUCUAUCAAAGAGCAGUGCAAGUCUCUCAAAGCAGUCGGGGUUGUCACGGGUCACUUCAUGUUCUGGAGUGGAGGUGAGGAGGAGGCGAAUGAGGUCUGGACUGCUGCUGAUGCAGAAACCUUUUCCCACAUUAUCUAUCUGGACGAGAUCACAUCCGUCAUCUCCACAAGACGACAGAAUGACACUGUCAGAGACCGUGAAAAUGUAUGUCUCGACCAUAUCCACCGCUGGAAGGAGACUGAAGAGGAUCGACUUCGCAAGCUCUGUGGAACCCACGGCAUAAUUUUCACCAGAGCCUUUCCUUAUCCGGAUAUGCUACAGAGAGUCGUCCCAUUGAUUCAAGACUUCGCCACACAUACGGAGGCUCGCAACCUUGAAAAGGCGUCUGCCAAGCUCGACAUGGCCCUCUCUGAAAGUGAUGGCAAACUCGACACACUUGUCGUUAUCGACGGUGACAAAACUCUGGCUCCACAAGAUGCUGGUCAGAUGUUCUGGGACCGCUACUGUAUUCAGAAGCUGUCCUGGAAGGAAGCCUGGACCCCAACAUCAGUUCAUUCAGGGCCUCUUGGUUACUCAUAUGAGGCCUUCCGACAAGUCGCACUGCUUCAUGAUGAAGCACUUGGUCAGAAAGAUUUCGACGAUCUCUGCGACUCCAUAGCGAAGGAUGUUGACUGUCAUCCUGAGUUUGUUUCCUUGCUCAAAGAGAUAUCCAACUCUACUCAUACACGCGCAGUUGUUUUAACGUGUGGUCUGAGCCGCGUGUGGGAGACUGUACUGAAAAAGUUGGAAUUAGGUGCCAAAGUCAACGUCAUCGGUGGCGGACGGUUGUCCCAUGAUCUUGUAAUCACACCAGAAGUCAAACGAUCGCUCGUGCUUCAUGCUCAGAAGCAGCGUGGUCUCUUCGUUGUGGCCUUCGGAGACAGUCCCCUCGACAUACCGAUGCUAUGCCAGGCCGAUAAAGCUGUUAUAAUUGUUGGCGACGAAAAAACUCGAAGCCGAUCUAUGGAUACUAAUCUCACGUCUAUUCUCGAGAAUGAUGAGUACAGGCUCAACGCUGUACAGAUACCCCUGCCUCCAGAAGUAGUACCACGUCUGGACGUGAACAAACUCCCAGUCAUCAAUUUCGACAACCUUGAGCUUAAUCGCGCUAUCUUCCAUUCAGGUACAGGUCUUAAACUUCAUCAUGCGACAUCCAAUGCAGCCGCUAAAGUACUUGCGACAUCAAUGCGAGAUGCAUCUGUCGGCGGUCCAGAGCUUCGCGAAAGACAUCGCCGAGCAGGAUUCUACUUGGCCGCCCAAUUCGUGUCCAAGAUCGUUGGACUUGAGGAAUGCGAGAUCCGACAUGUACUCGGUCAUCAAGACCACGGUUAUUGCCUCCUUCAUGAGAGAAAGACUCUAAUUGUCCCCCUGAUGCGUGGAGGAGAACCGAUGGCCUUUGGUGUGAACGAUGUCUUCCCGAAGGCUAGUUUCGUCCACGCUAAAAAUCCACCCGAUAUCACUGAGCUUCAUCUACAGGAUUGCUCUACCGUAAUUUUAGUUGACUCCGUUAUCAAUACCGGAAAGUCUCUCGUUGAAUUCGUUACCCAUGUCCGCGGUAUCAACACCAAAGUCCGCAUAGUAGUAGUCGCAGGGGUGAUCCAGGCCGAUGCGAUUGCGAAGAGUAGUCUUCUUGCUGAGCUCCCUAAGGACUUCCGUCUCGAAGUCAUUGGCUUGCGUCUUUCUAAGACGAAGUUCACUGGACAGGGAACUACCGACACUGGGAACCGCUUGUUCAACACCACUCACCUCGACUAA